AUGACAACAGAACAUUUCAAAAGAGAACUUGACAAGUUUCUGCUAGAUUUACGAGAUCAGCCAGGCUGUGAUGACUAUGUGGCCCCUGUGGGAUACAAGGACAACCUCGUUAGAUCAAGCAAGGCUGCAACAGAAGAUCUAUUGAAAUAUUCUACAGGUAAUAAUCUACACGGAAUUGAUGUUAAACACAAUUGCCCUGAGCCCCACAGCACAAUUGCCCUGGGUCCCACAGCACAAUUGCCCUGGGUCCCACAGCACAAUUGCCUUGGGUCCCACAGCACAAUUGCCCUGGGUCCCACAGCACAAUUGCCCUGGGUCCCACAGCACAAUUGCCCUGGGUCCCACAGCACAAUUGCCCUGGGUCCCACAGCACAAUUGCCCUGGGUCCCACAGCACAAUUGCCCUGGGUCCCACAGCACAAUUGCCCUGGGCCCCACAGCACAAUUGCCCUGGGCCCCACAGCACAAUUUCCCUGGCACCUACAGCACAAUUGCCCUGGCACCUACAGCACAAUUGCCCUGGCACCCACAGCACAAUUGCCCUGGGCCCCACAGCACAAUUGCCCUGGCACCUACAGCACAAUUGCCCUGGGCCCCACAGAACAAUUGCCCUGGGCCCCACAGCACAAUUGCCCUGGGCCCCACAGCACAAUUGCCCUGGGCCCCACAGCACAAUUGCCCUGGCACCUACAGCACAAUUGCCCUGGCACCCACAGCACAAUUGCCCUGGGCCCCACAGCACAAUUGCCCUGGCACCUACAGCACAAUUGCCCUGGGCCCCACAGCACAAUUGCCCUGGGCCCCACAGCACAAUUUCCCUGGGCCCCACAGCACAAUUGCCCUGGCACCUACAGCACAAUUGCCCUGGCACCCACAGCAAAAUUGCCCUGGGCCCCACAGCACAAUUGCCCUGGGCCCCACAGCACAAUUGCCCUGGCACCCACAGCACAAAUGCCCUGGCACCCACAGCACAAUUGCCCUGGGCCCCACAGCACAAUUGCCCUGGGUCCCACAGCACAAUUGCCCUGGGUCCCACAGCACAAUUGCCCUGGGUCCCACAGCACAAUUGCCCUGGGUCCCACAGCACAAUUGCCCUGGGUCCCACAGCACAAUUGCCCUGGGUCCCACAGCACAAUUGCCCUGGGUCCCACAGCACAAUUGCCCUGGGUCCCACAGCACAAUUUCCCUGGGUCCCACAGCACAAUUGCCCUGGGUCCCACAGCACAAUUGCCUUGGGCCCCACAGCACAAUUGCCUUGGGCCCCACAGCACAAUUGCCCUGGGCCCCACAGCACAAUUGCCUUGGGCCCCACAGCACAAUUGCCCUGGCACCCACAGCACAAUUGCCCUGGCCGUAUUUAUAA